AUGCAGAAAGUGAUUAGAAAUUUGGAGGAACGUAUAAGAGGUUUUGACUAUGACAAGCUCAUUGAUGAAAAAACAGAACUCCUGCAGAAGUCUAGUAGAAUAGACAAUCAAGGAGGCAUUCUGGAUGGGCGUUUGCAAGAGGUCAACAAAACUAUUCAGACACUGGAAAGUGAGCUGAGAAGAAAGGAGAUUCGAGAUGCUGAAAAGAAUUACAAGCAGAAAUUUGUGGAAAUGAAGUGCACUGAUGUAGCUGCAGAUGAUUUGAACAAAUACUACAAAGUCUUAGAUACUGCCAUAAGCAAUUCCACUCAGACAAGAUGCGCACAAUCAACAGCAUUAUCCGAGAACUUUGGCGUUCAACCUAUAGGGGCAAUGACAUUGACUACAUUGAGAUCAGACAGAUGA